AUGGGAAAAGCCAAGGGUAUCUGUACUGCUCGUAAGCUCCGUAAUCACCGUCGUGAACAAAGAUGGAUGGACAAACGUUUCAAGAAAGCUCAUAUUGGAACACGCUGGAAGUCCGAUCCAUUUGGAGGAGCUUGUAUGGCUAAAGGAAUUGUUGUUGAAAAAAUUGGAGUCGAAGCUAAACAACCUAAUUCUGCUAUUCGUAAGUGUGUCCGUGUACAACUUAUCAAAAACUCCAAGAAAAUAACUGCAUUCGUUCCAAAUGAUGGUUGCUUAAAUUUCAUUGAAGAAAAUGACGAAGUUCUUGUAUCUGGUUUUGGUCGUUCUGGACACGCUGUCGGAGAUAUUCCCGGAGUUCGUUUCAAGAUUGUCAAAGUUGCCAAUGUCUCUCUUCAUGCUUUGUUCACUGGAAAGAAAGAAAGACCACGUUCAUAA